AUGUCGUCGUCCGCCUCCGAAGAACCUACAAUCAGAUCUAACAUCCUCUCUGUUCCAACCCAUGUAACUCCCCGGCCAGAGUUCCAGAAACAUUUUUUUCCUGUCGCCACUCUUUUCAUUGGCCCAACCAACCCCAAAGGCCAUCACCCAGCAAUCUCCUUGGCAGCGAUGUGCCGAAUUUUAAUUUUCAAGAUGAAUUUCAAAGAGCUCACCAAGGCUGUCAGUCGCUUCAUGGGUAAAGAGCUCCCUCUAAUCGUAAUCGGACGUAGUACAGCAGUGGAUUCCAAUGAUGAGUACAUCCCGUUGUUCAACAAUUGCCGCUUCAUUCACAGAGAAGCUGGAGGAUAUCACGUUCUUUGUCGUAUCUACCCGACCGACAUCUCCGGAAAAGAGGCCCGAAUUCGACUACACAAAUUCGCCGAUCGUCUUGAAACGCCACGUGUAUUUGAGCCAGUCACUCCACCAUCUGGACGUCGAGAUUCCCGCGGCCUCUCCUUCAACUUGAAUAGUGACAAACGACGGCUCCCUCUUGAUUCGGACAAUGAGGACGAUGAGAACACUCCCGAGAAUGCUCUCCGAUUUGACUGA